CAAGGAGAGAGCAGUAUGUGGGAGAGACUGAGCUAGUGAGAAUGAGAGAGGGGUUAUGUGUGUAGGAGAAAGUGAUGGAGAGAUAGCGUGAGAAUCCACAAGGGAAGGAGAGACACUGCCGGCUUUGAAGGGGAGGGAGCUAAAUGAAGGAGUGAGAGAGACAAAGGCAGGGAGGUGUGCAAGGGAAGGGUGGCAGGAAAAGGUGGCAGAUGAUAUACAGGAAAGCAGAGCAGGAUGUCGACUGGAGGAAUGAACUGGUGAAUGUCAGAAAAGGAAUGGGAAAGGAGAGCAGGGAAUGGCAGGCAGGGAGAAAUAAUCUGGACCUAUAAGGCUGGUGGUUAGCAGAGAUUUUGCUUCUCCUGGUGCAAGGUGCACAUUCAGCACCAUCAGUCGUUUCAGCACUGGACAGCUCCAGGCGGAGGGAGGAGAGACUCUGGUCUGGCAGCUCAGGAAUGAGAUAGAGAUCUAGAGUGGGGGUCCCUACUGUAAGUAUUAUAUACAAUGUAUGAAUUUUGGUGGGAUCUAGUGUACUGAGGCAAGUGAAGAAGCUGGGGUGUAGUUUAGCGAUUGCUAAUCCGUAAGGGUUGAUGCUCUAAUCCAUUUCUGUUUGGAGAGAGAUGUGCUGUAGUGGAAGGUGGGGUAUAUUUAUGUGUUAGGUAGAUGCUGUAUGUCCCUCAGUUAAGUUUGGGGUGACCUAAGGACAGGAAACCAGUCAGAUAGAAGGGGGGCUCUUCCGUGCCCCAGCCAAGGAGAGAUGCUACCAAGCAGUGAACGGUAGAAUUAGCGUAAGGUUAGGAGUGGGGAGAAGGCUUGUUCCUCUCCUGUGUCCCAGUUGAGCACGGCGGGGGAAGAAGCAGACGUGAUGGGCGAGUGGACCAUAUUGGAGCGGCUGCUGGAGGCUGCUGUGCAGCAACACGCUACAAUGAUAGGAAGGAUCCUGUUGACUGUAGUAGUUAUAUUCCGGAUUCUUAUUGUGGCUGUCGUUGGCGAGACAGUCUAUGAAGAUGAACAGACAAUGUUCAUGUGCAAUACACUUCAACCUGGUUGCAACCAAGCAUGCUAUGAUCGAGCAUUUCCCAUUUCUCACAUUCGCUACUGGGUUUUUCAGAUCAUUUUGGUUUGCACACCCAGUCUCUGCUUCAUUACCUACUCUGUGCACCAGUCAGCCAAACAGAAAGAACGGAGAUAUUCCUUUCUCUAUCCCUUGCUUGAGAAGGAACUCCCAAGAGAGAACAAGAGAAUGAAAAACAUUAAUGGGAUUUUAGUGCAAAACCAGGACAUUUCUUCCAAGGAUGAGCCGGACUGCCUGGAGGUCAAGGAUAUUCCAAACACUCCAAAGAAAGCGGUCAAGAGUGCAAAGGUCAAGCGACAGGAGGGAAUUUCUCGAUUCUACAUCAUCCAGGUCUUCUUUAGAAAUGCUCUAGAGAUUGGGUUUUUGGCUGGACAAUAUUUUCUUUAUGGCUUCAGUGUGCCUCUAAUCUUUGAGUGUGACCGGUACCCUUGUGUCAAGGAGGUGGAGUGCUACAUUUCAAGACCUACUGAAAAGACUGUCUUCCUAGUCUUUAUGUUUGCUGUCAGUAGCAUCUGUGUCCUCCUAAACUUAGCUGAACUAAACCACCUUGGGUGGAGAAAGAUCAAGACGGCUAUGAGAGGGGUUCAAGCUCGAAGAAAGUCAGUCUCCGAUGUACGCAAGAAGGAGCCAUCAACACUGGCCCAGGUUCCUACAUUAGGUAGGACACAGUCCAGUGAGUCUGCAUAUGUUUGACAUCCAUGUUGGCACUACGGAAACGUUUACACGUGUCCUUGCUACAUUGUGUAAAAUUAACAAAAACAUCAAAAUAGUGCUAUAUAAAUGUGGUCUUCCAGCCAAUUAUAGAGCUCCUCAGGAACUAUAUUGAAAAAGCCUUUAUAAUAAAUAUGCUGCCACCCAUCUAGCAUCCAGUAUAGUGAGCAAAAUUCCUGACGGGAUUGGAGUGGCACGUUUGGUGCAAUUCCUUUCAUGACAGCAUUAAUUGUUUAUAGUUCAUUAACUCUACACUCUGGAACUUAUCUGUUCUCAAGCAGAAGUGUUUUCCUUUCUCUUGAAAGAAACAUUAAUGAAAGUAGGUAUCUUACAUCCACGGUAUUUUGCAAUCUACAAAAACUCAGUUUCCCUGGUCAAAAAUUUAAUUUAAGAUCAAAGGGCCUUGAUCAUUAUUCUGAAAAUUCGAAAAAAAGAGCACUCAAACAGAUCCACAGGACCAAUUAUUUAGUUAAAAAAAUAUAUCUUUAUUAGUCAAAGUUAAAAAAGUAUACUUGCAUCUCCAUCUGCCCUACGCGUUUCGUAACCCACAAGGGCACUUAAUCUCCCUAAAGCUUACUCAUUGUUAGCCAAGGAUCAGAAUUUGACUUUUCUUUCUGUUUAGGAGCUCUGGGACAGUGCACUAACACAUGAAAAGCCAUAAUACAAGAGAGGUAAUUUAAAUGCAGGGAACAAAGUAUUUAUAUGGGUAGGGGGUGUUGAUUCCUCUCACGACUGUUAUAUACCUCUCACCUCCCACGCACUGCUAACUUCUCUCCGUUCCUCGCACACGUCACCUGUUCCAAAAACAGA